GACAUUCCCUUAACCGGCGGUGAUUUGAUUCUAGUGGAGAAGAUGGCGAAUCGUGGAGGAUUUCAGGCAGCCGCUGGUGGAGGUGGUAGCGGCGGAAUGGGCCCUGGCCCACCUGUCGGCGGAGGAGGGCCAGGUAUGGGACCAGGUACACCUUCGGGCAGGAUGGGACCCGCACCCGGCGCUCAAAAUCAUAUGUAUCGCUCUCCGAUGCCCGGCCCUGGAUACCCGAGGCCAGGCAUGCCCCCCUCCAGCCGCAUGACCCCCCAAGGCCCCUCCAUGGGUCCCCCUGGGUACGGUGGCAGCCCCGUGUCCCGACCUGGCAUGCCUGUCAUGGACCCGUCCCGCAAGAGGCCCGCUCCCAACCAGAUCCAGCAGGUCCAGCAGCAGAACCGCAACCAACAUGCAAAAAAGAAGAAAAUGGCUGACAAGAUUCUACCUCAGAGGAUCAGAGAGCUGGUGCCAGAGUCGCAGGCCUACAUGGACUUGCUUGCCUUCGAGAGGAAACUUGAUCAGACCAUCAUGCGCAAGAGGCUGGACAUCCAGGAGGCUCUCAAGCGACCCAUCAAGCAAAAGAGGAAGCUGCGCAUCUUCAUCUCCAACACCUUCAACCCGGCCAAACCCGACGCAGAGGACGGUGAGGGCACGGUUGCAUCAUGGGAGCUCCGCGUGGAGGGACGCUUGCUGGAGGAUCAGGCCGUGUCCAAGUACGAGGCCACCAAGCAGAAGAGGAAGUUUUCAUCUUUCUUCAAGUCCCUGGUCAUCGAACUGGAUAAGGACCUCUACGGACCAGAUAAUCACUUGGUUGAGUGGCACAGGACUCCCACCACCCAGGAGACGGAUGGCUUCCAGGUGAAGAGGCCUGGAGAUGUGGGGGUGCGCUGCACAGUCCUGCUCAUGCUGGACUACCAGCCGCCCCAGUUUAAGCUGGACCCUCGGCUGGCCAGGCUGCUGGGCAUCCACACCCAGACCCGGCCCGUCAUCAUCCAGGCCCUCUGGCAGUACGUCAAGACCCACAAGCUUCAGGACCCACACGAGCGCGAGUUCAUCAACUGUGACAAAUACCUCCAGCAGAUCUUUGAGACCCAAAGGAUGAAGUUUUCUGAGAUUCCUCAGCGUCUUCAUGCCCUCCUGAUGCCCCCAGAGCCCAUCAUUAUCAAUCAUGUCAUCAGUGUGGAUCCUAACGACCAGAAGAAGACUGCCUGCUAUGACAUCGAUGUGGAGGUGGACGACACACUCAAGACCCAGAUGAACUCCUUCCUGCUCUCCACCGCUAGCCAGCAGGAGAUCGCCGGCCUAGACAACAAGAUCCACGAGACCAUCGAGACCAUUAAUCAGCUGAAGACCCAGAGGGAGUUCAUGCUGAGCUUCGCCAGAGACCCACAGGGCUUCAUCAACGACUGGCUGCAGUCUCAGUGCAGGGACCUCAAGACCAUGACAGAUGUGGUGGGGAACCCAGAGGAGGAGCGGCGUGCCGAGUUCUACUUCCAGCCCUGGGCCCAGGAGGCUGUGUGCCGCUACUUCUACUCCAAGGUUCAGCAGAGGAGACAGGAGCUGGAGCAGGCUCUGGGCAUCAGGAAUACGUAAGCAGCUGGCCCCUCUUGCCCCACCGCCCAGACCUCCACCCCCAGCAGCCACGACGUAUGAUGCCACCCCACCUCCAUACCACCCCACAGGGCAGCAGCCAUGGGUGUCUGGGGGCUCUGAGAGCCAUCGGCUGGUGUUCAGGCACCCAACGGACACACCACAGCUCCUUAUCCUGGCCUCCAACAUUUGUGUCUGUGUGUGCGUGCGUGCGUGUGUGUGUGUGUGUGUGUGUGUGUGUGUGUGUGUGUGUGUGUGUGUGUGUGUGUGUGUGUGUGUGUGUGUGUGUGUGUUUGUUCCGUGCUGUGAAGGCUGUCCUUCCUCCCAUGAGAUGUUGUGGUGGGUUGAUGAAGUGUCUAUUUAAGCAGUGGUGUGUGUGUGUGUUUGUGUGUGCGAGAGUGUGCCUGAUAGAAAGUACAGUUUUAAUAAUGCAAGUUUGUUGGGUUGUGUUGAGGUGACUUCUUUAGACGGGCACAUGAGAUCAACGUGCUACCAAUGAGUAACUUGCGUUACACUAACUUUGCAUUACUUAUGAAGACAAAAUACUUUUUAGAUCCCCGACAAAGUUAACUUGCAUCCAAAAAGAAAACACUAUGAAUUAUUAUUCGCCUGAAGGCAUUUGCCUUACUCCAGCUCGGUGCUAACAAAAGAAAUGUAACGCCUUCCCCAUCCCAGUCCCCUUGCCCCCUUUCUGUGGAAGUCACAUUGUUAGAAUGAUAUCUAAAUGGGCCUUUUUUAAAAAAAAGAUAAAUUACCUUUUGUGAAGAGGUUAGCUUUUCAUGUAGGGUUUGUGUUCUCAAUCUCAUCAUAUGAACUUAUAUAUUAUAUGGAAAGUACAGUAGUUGUGUACAUUAGGCAUAGAUAGACUCUAGAGACAGUAGCUGUGGUUGUAAAUAUGAAAUAGACGCAGACUAUAGGGGGGGGGCUUAGCAACUUGAAGAGGCAAGAGACAGUCCUAUGGCUCAAGCUCAGCUUCAUUAUCUGUUCCACACCCAGGCUGUAAUACUCUGUCUUCUUAGUAUAUGAAGUCAUUGGUUCUCUGUUGUGUAAACGUGU